AUGACAUUGGGCCCCGUGGACAUCCUUGUGAACUGCGCCGGCAUCAUGUACUAUACACUGAUGACCAAGCUGAAUUUGGAUCAGUGGGACACACAGAUAGACGUCAACUGUAAAGGAGUGACCAACUGUAUUGGUAGUGUCCUCGAUGGGAUGGUGAAGAGAAGGAAAGGUCACAUCAUCAACAUCUCGUCGGAUGCUGGCAGGAAGGGAUUUCCAGGCCUGGCUGUCUAUUCAGGCACCAAGUUCUUCGUGGAAGGAAUGUCCCAGGCCUUGCGUCAUGAGGUCAAGGGGUUAGGGGUCAAGGUCACAUGUAUCCAGCCAGGAGACGUAAAGACAGAACUUCAAGGUCACACAACUGAUGCUGAGGCAAAGUCCCUGUAUGACAUGAGUGAGACGUGUAAAGUCCUGGAGCCAGAGGAUGUCGCCCGUGCCGUUGUUUACGCAGCCUCACAGCCUGAAUAUGUUGGCAUCAAUGAAAUCCUUGUGGAAUGUCGAGAGGGCUGCAUAUGA